UCAAAACCACGGUUAAAUUGAUAAACCGGGCUCGGUUCAACAUACCGGUCGGUUCAAAUACCCUCCCAGAUUUGGCCUAGGGUUCGGUUAGCCUCUCUCAGAUUCAGACGUUCGAACCCUGCGACGCCGCGCUCUCCACUGUUCUAGUCCCAUUCCAGGAGAAAUGAAACUUAUUCGAGGUGUUUUGCGGUCUGUUAAUGUUGGCUUGUCCUAUCAAUCUCAGCAUCUUCAGAUCAUCAGGACCUUUUCUGCAAAUACAGCUCAAGUUGAUGAUGAGGGGCAAAAUGACAGGCAAAGUAUGAACUCAUUUGAGUCUUCUGAUGACUUUGAGCGUCGAAUAUUUGGUGAUAUUCCUGGGAGUGGUUCAAAGUCUAACUCAUUUUAUCAAAAACUUGAUAGAAUUGAGAAGGCUCAUGACAGAUCUGGUUUGGGUUCUAAAUUUAAUUUUGGGAAGAGAUCUGAGUUUUUAGAUGGUCUAGAUGAGAGUUUCAAUACCUUGUCGGAUGGGAUGGAUGGGAAAUUGAAGAAAGCAGCCACAUAUUUUGAAUAUGAUCCUGAGGAAAUAGCAAAAGAUGACUAUGCUUUCAGACCAGAUGUGACUUUUAGGCCUGGGACGACCUAUGACACUAAGGAUCUUGAUCUAAAAAAACCUGGUGUUCGCAAACCUUUUAGAAGGAACGAGUUCGAAGUGACAUCAGAGGAAGUAUUGAAGAAAGCUGAUUUCAGGAAUGUCAGAUUCUUGGCCAAUUUCAUCACAGAAGCUGGAAUUAUCAUAAAGAGGAACAAGACUAAAAUCAGUGCCAAAGCACAGAGGAAGGUUGCUAGGGAGAUCAAGACAGCCCGAGCUUUUGGCCUAAUGCCCUUCACCACAAUGGGAACGAAACAAUUUAUUUUUGGCAAGACAAUGGAGGAUCUUGAUGAGGAUUAUGAAUACGACACUUAUGAUACCCGCAGUUUUGUUGAUGACAGUCGGGACCCUCUUGGCAGCUAGAUACUUAUUCGUUUGUGUUUUGGUUUCUCAUUCAUCUUUAAAGUUCAGUGAUAUGGCAUCAUCAAACAAUGGAAGCAACAUACUGAAAUAUAGAAGCAAAACAUGUCUGUGUGGUGAAAAGACAACUAUCGAGGUGACACAAUCUGAAAGAAACAAAAACAAAGGAAAGUUGUACUAGGCUCAUACAAAAAGAAAAUGCAAAUUCUGGGAUUGGUGCAAACCUGUUAACUCAACUGAUGAAAC